AUGAAGGCUGUGAGCAGAGAUAGACAAGGCGUGGCGAGGGGAAAGAAAUGGCCGUCCCGCACACACAAUUACUCCCCCCAACGUUCAAAAUUUCCCUUCUACCUCGAGUUUGAAAUCAAUCCAAACUCUCAACCCUUCUACACAUCUCUCCAAACCAUCACCAAGUCCCUCACACCAGAGCUCACAACAAACCUACCCACCAUCCGCACUCACUCACUCACUCACUCACUCACUCACACCUUCGCCACCUCCACCCCCCGCACCACCAUGCCCCCCCCCCGCCCCUCCAUCCUCUGCCUCCACGGCUCCGGCACCUCCGCCGCCAUCUUCUCCGCCCAAACGCGCCGCCUCCGCUCCGCCCUCCGCCCUUACUUCGACCUCAUCUUCGUCGACGCCCCCAUCCCCUCCCCCCCAGGCCCCGGCGUCCUCCCCUUCUUCAGCGACUCGGGCCCCUACUACAAAUGGUUCUCCCCCACCACCACCACCACCACCACCACCACCACCGUCGAAGCGCGGCAGCGGACCACCUCGGAAAUCGCCGCCGUCACCGCCGCCAUCGAGCGCGGGCUCGCGAAGCAGGGACGCCGGGUGGCGGAGAUGGCGGGCGUGUUGGGGUUUUCGCAGGGGACGGUCGCGGCGGCGCUGCUGUUGUGGUUGGGGCGCGGGGGCGAGGGCGGCUGGGCCGGGUUGCGGUUCGGGGUCAUGCUGUGCGGCGGGUGCAGGGCCGACGUUGUGGGCAUGAUUGGCGACCGGUUGGCCGUCCCGACGGUGCAUCUGCACGGCUUGGCCGAUCCGUUUCUGCACGCCAGUCGCUUGCUGACGGAGUGUUUCCGCCCGGAGUUUCUGACGGUGAUGGAGUUUGAGGGCGGCCAUCAUUGUCCGUCGGGGGAGGGGGAUGUGGAUCGUUUGGCCGGGUUGGUCGUGGAGGUGGGUGGGGGGGGGGGGAGGAGGGGGAGGGGGGGCGGGGGGGUGACGGCGGCUUUUGGUGUGGUUUGA